AUGAGCCAAUCUGCGCCUCGCCAGCGUAUCCGCCAACUCAUACCUCAGCUUCGCCUGGGAAAGUGGCCUACCGGCCGCCUCAACUCCAUUACCGACGUCCCUGGCGUCCUCGUUCACACCGAGUCUAUCCAUAACGCUCCUGGCAGUGAAGUGCAAUCCCCUGAUAUCAACACUGGUGUCACGGUUAUCCUAUCCCGGCCUGACUGGUACAAAUAUUCCAGUUUUGCCGGCAUCUUUAGCUUCAAUGGCUGCGGAGAAUUGACAUCAUCCCACUGGCUCAACGAAACAGGUCUUUUAGCCUCGCCAAUUGUCCUGACUACUACUUCCGCUGUUGGCGAUGCGUAUCGUGGAAUUUGGGAGUAUACUAUUCAGUAUCACUCCAAUCCAGACAAAGAACUCGAUCUGUUUCUUUUCCCCACCGUUGCCGAGACUUUUGAUGGCUAUCUCAACGACCAGAGCAGAUUCGCCGUCACGCCCCAGCACAUUGUCAAGGGUAUUCGAGGCGCAAAUGCAGAUGCUGUCUCGGAGGGCAAUACGGGUGGCGGGACGGGCAUGAUCUGCCAUCGCUUCAAGGGCGGCACUGGUUCUAGCAGCCGCAUUGUAAAGGGCUUCGAUAUUGAUGGAAAUGAGGCGCAAUACACCGUCGGAGUGCUUGUCCAAGCCAACUACGGUUCGCCAGACAACCUCCGCAUCGGUGGCGUGCCAGUAGGCCAAAUUCUUAAAGAACAGGGGCAGCAAGCAACAGAACAGCUUAAACCAGGAGAGAAAGAGCCACGCAAAGACGGCAGUAUUAUCGUCGUCGUCGGCACUGAUGCUCCACUUCUUCCUGUCCAGCUCCAACGCUUAGCCAAGCGUGCCACAGUCGGGCUGGCCAAAGUCGGUGGCUAUGGUAGCAACACAUCGGGGGAUAUCUUCCUUGCAUUUUCUAAUGCUAACAAGACCCCCUUUCAAGAAAUCUCUAUGACUGGUGCUCGCCCUACUCAUCCUUAUGUUCCGCAGCUCUUGGGCGUACAAAUGUCCGAUAAUGAUACGAUUGAUGGGCUAUUUGAGGCAACAGCCGAUGCAACAGAGGAGGCAAUUUAUAAUGCGCUUUGUAUGGCUGAGACGACGGUGGGCUUUAAGGAGAGAAAGGUUGAGGCAAUAGACUUGGCCAAACUAAAGAACAUUGUUGAAAGGAGAUUGUGA